AUGGAGGAAGAGUACGACGAAGAGUUCGGCGACGACGUCCUGCCCACGGCUGCGCCGGCGGCUCGCCCCGAGGCGACGGCCAUCGUCGUCGAUGAGGAAGAGGAGGAAGACGACGAGCCGCUGUAUGGGACAGUGACCGUCACGGACGCCGCUGCUGGCGGCGCCGAGGCUUCUACCGCCCAAGACGACGGCGACGAUGACGAAGACGAUGAGGAAGAGGACGAAGGUAUCGCAAUCGUGCUCAAGGAGACGGAAGAGUCGCCGUCCAAGUCGAGCAAGCUCCGCUUCGUGCGCGGUGGCAACCAGUACGUGCGCGACGAGCACCCGCUGAGCACACCGCCGCUGCAGCCGCGCAACCCUGGCGACCAAUACGAGCCGACGUUCGAGGAGCUCUCGCUGCUCGGCAUCGGCGGUCGGCGCACGGCCUUUGACGUCGACAUUGACCAGCUCGAGGAGAAGCCGUGGCGCAAGCCAGGGGUCGAUAUCUCCGACUACUUCAACUACGGCUUUGACGAAGCGUCGUGGCGCGACUACUGCGCCAAGCAACUGCAGAAGCGGCGCGAGCUCGCGUACCAAAAGACGCAAGAAAAGGAAGCCGAAGAGAAGGAGAAGGCAGCGGCGGCGCUCAAGGCCGCGUCGGCGAUGUCGGACCCCGGCUUCCGCAUGAUGGGCGGUCCGCGCGGCCCCAUGUACCCGCCCCGGGGCCCGCCGCCGCCGUGGCACCAGCCGCCGCCGUGGCACAUGCGUGCCCCGCCGACACAUCCUGGCACCUCGUCCGACGACCGCAAAGACGGCUUCAAGUCGGGCUCCUCUGCCCGCAACGAAAAGUCAUCCCGCAGCGACUCGCGGGUCGGUCGCGAUCGCGCGACCGUGACCGCUACGACGACAAGCGUCGGGACGAUGACAAGCCUCGCGCAGCAGCCGUCGGUCGAGAUCGCGGUCGCGGUCCCGUGA